GAUGUCAUCUCAGCGGAUCGGAUCUCUGUUGAAAUCAUGUCAGACUUAACUUUACUAAAACACUACUAAACCCGAGAUCAGAUCUCCUCAUGCUCAGGAUAAAAUAAUCCCAUUCUGGUUCAUGGGAGGAUUUCGCUUCUCGGGCUGAUCAAGAGCCGAUGCAUUGAGUGAAUGCAGCAGCAGCAGCAGGCCGUGCUAGUAGUGAAAGGUUGUGCAGCAGUGGUCACCUGACAUGGCGGUGUUGCGGCAGUUUGGACUGCUUCUUUGGAAGAACUACCUUCAGCAGAAGCGACAGAUCUUGGUGACCCUGGUGGAGAUUGCGCUGCCUCUUCUCUUCUCCGCCAUCCUGAUAGUGCUACGUCAGAAGGUGACGUUCACCAACUACCCUAAUGCCACUCAUUACAACAGCUUCUCCCUGGAAUGGCCACCCUCCCGUCUGCCCUGGGGCCUACAGCUCGCGUACGUGCCCGGAAAUUCGAGUGUGGUGCGGCAGGUGGCUGAAGAUGUACAGCUCAGCUUGGAACGGGGCUUCAUCAGCGCUGUGCGUGGCUUCGAGACAGAAAACCAGCUCGAGGAGUUUGUCAAGACAGACCCUAAAUCAGGCAAGAUCUUGGCGGCGGUGGUCUUCGAGCACUCCUUCACGCAGGACGAGGAGCCUCUGCCACUCCAGGUCAACUACCACCUGCGUUUCACCUAUAGCCCCCGGAACGCCCCUACAAAGGAAAAAUCGGAGUUAAAUCCAAACAAUGACCUGGACUGGCAUACAUCUAGUCUUUUUCCACUCUUCCAGCUGCCAGGACCUCGAGAGCAGCAUGAUUCCCAUGGAGGCACACCGGGUUAUUACCGUGAAGGUUUCCUGAUGGUCCAGCAUGCCGUUGACCGGGCCAUCAUGAGGGCUUACAACCGGACUGCAGCAGCUGCCCUCUUCGCGCAGACACGGGUGGUGCUGUCACGUUUUCCCUACCCAGCCUUCAUCUAUGAUGUCUUCAUCCUGGCAAUCCAAAACCAGCUGCCCCUUCUACUGGUGCUCAGCUUUACUUACACAUCCCUGAACAUCGUCCGUGCCGUGGUGCAGGAGAAAGAAAGGAAACUGAAGGAAUACAUGAGAAUGAUGGGACUCAGCAACUGGCUCCACUGGUCUGCCUGGUUCCUCAUGUUCUUCCUUUUUCUUUCCAUCUCCAUCUUCUUUGUCACCCUGCUGAUUUGUGUCCGGGUGAGUCCAAACGGAGCAGUGUUGACUCAUAGCGACCCCACGCUGGUUUUCGUCUUCCUCCUGGUCUUUGCCGUGGCUACCAUCAGCUUCAGCUUCAUGAUCAGCUCCUUUUUCUCCAGAGCCAACGUCGCAGCAGCGGUCAGCGGCUUCUUGUAUUUUUUCAGCUACCUGCCGUACCUCUUCCUGUCGCCGCGCUACGACCUGCUGUCGCACGCCCAGAAAACAUCCUCAUGUCUCAUCUCUAACGUAGCCAUGGCUAUGGGAGCCCAGCUGAUUGGCAUGUUUGAAGGCAAAGGGACGGGGAUUCAGUGGAGCAACCUGUUUGAACCUGUGACGGUGGAUGAUGACUUCUCCAUGGCUCAGGUUCUCGGCCUUUUGCUGCUGGACGCUCUUCUGUACAGCCUGGUGGCGUGGUACGUUGAAGCCGUGUUCCCUGGCGAGUACGGAGUGCCCCGACCCUGGUACUUUUUCGUGCUGCCCUCCUACUGGUGCAACAGUCCUCGAGUUGCCCUGCUGAAAGAAAAGGAGGAUGAGGAGGAUGCUGAGAAAGCGCAGAAGGGCGAGUUUAUCGAAGAGGAGCCGAAUGGAUUGGUUUCUGGGGUCAAGAUCAAGCACCUGGCCAAGGUUUUUAAAGUGGGCAGUAAGACCAAAGAGGCAGUGAAGGAUCUUACACUGAACAUGUUUGAAGGUCAGAUCACUGUGCUGCUUGGACACAACGGAGCCGGCAAGACCACGACACUCUCCAUGCUGACAGGCUUGUUUCCUCCCAGCAGUGGGCGUGCCUACAUUAACGGCUAUGAUAUUUGCCAGGACAUGGCACUGAUCCGCCGCAGCCUAGGACUGUGCCCACAGCACGAUGUGCUUUUCGACAACCUCACGGUCCGGGAGCACCUGCUUUUCUACGCACAGCUGAAGGGCUACCCACGCGAGAAGAUUCCGGACGAGGUGGAUCGCAUUAUACGUAUCCUGAACCUAGAGGACAAGAGGAACUCCCGGUCUAAAACUCUCUCCGGUGGAAUGAAGCGCAAGCUCUCCAUUGGAAUCGCUCUCAUCGGAGACUCAAAGGUGGUGAUGCUGGAUGAGCCCACUUCAGGCAUGGACCCGUCAGCCAGACGAGCCACCUGGGAUCUCCUGCAGGGUGAGAAACGGGGCCGCACCAUCCUGCUCACCACGCACUUCAUGGAUGAGGCCGACCUGCUGGGAGAUCGUAUCGCCAUCAUGGCCGGAGGAGAGCUCCAGUGCUGUGGCUCGCCCCUCUUUCUCAAGAACAAAUAUGGUGCUGGCUACCACAUGGUGAUAGUAAAGGACUCGUUGUGUAACGUAUCGGAGAUCAGCCGCCUUGUCCACAUGUAUGUUCCCAAUGCCACCCUAGAGAGCAGUGCAGGAGCUGAACUCUCCUACAUCCUGCCUAAAGAAAGCACCAAUCGGUUUGAACUUCUGUUUGCUGAGCUGGAGAUGAACAGAGAGGAGUUGGGCAUUGCCAGCUAUGGAGCGUCUGUAACCACCAUGGAGGAGGUUUUUCUUAGGGUGGGGAAGCUUGUGGACUCCAGUCUGGACAUCCAGGCCAUCCAGCUUCCGGCCCUGCAGUACCAGCAUGAGCGCAGGUCACAUGACUGGACGAUGGACGAUGCCAGCAGCACCAGCGGCAUGACUGAUGUGACUGACUUUACAGACAGUGGUACUCUGAUAUCAGAGGACUGCUCCAACAUCAAACUUAACACAGGGGCAAAGCUGUACCUGCAGCAGUUCUAUGCCAUGUUUCUGAAGAGGGCAUUGUACAGCUGGCGGAACUGGAAGGUCAUGGUCGCGCAGUUUUUGGUGCCACUCAUCUUCACAGUGGUCUCCCUGGUGGUGGCCCGGACUCUUCCUGGGCAACACAAUACUCCCCAACUUCAGCUUGCGCUCAGCCGCUAUGGCCCAACCACUGUGCCGGUGGCUUUGGAUUCCAACGCGGGACCCCUGGCUACGGCGCUUGCCGAGGCCUAUGCGGCUCAGCUUUCUGCACUAAGUGCCACUCCAAAGACUAAUAUAACUGACAUCUCGGAGUACGUUCUGACCAACACAGUAAGGGAAGGAGGAGCCUUUAAUGAACACUGCGUGGUCGGUGCUGCUUUUCGAGGACACUCUAGUAAGUUUGCUGAAAUCACCGGUUACUUCAACAACCAGGGCUAUCACACGGCAGCUACCGCCCUCCUGCUGGUGGAUAACGCGCUGUACAGGCUGCUGGCCGGCCCCAACGCUUCCAUCCAGAUAGGAAACAACCCCAUGCCUCGCAACCUGUCCGAGACUGCCCAGAGUCAGCUCUCAGAGGGUCAGACUGGCUUUGCCAUUGCCAUUAAUCUGAUGUAUGGUAUGGCUUCCUUGGCCAGCACCUUUUCUCUGCUCCUUGUGAUCGAGCGCUCCAUCAAGUCCAAGCAUGUGCAGUGGGUCAGUGGCGUCUACCUCUCCAACUUCUGGUUUUCGGCUUUACUCUGGGACCUUAUCAACUUUGCCUUGCCUUGUCUUCUCAUGCUGAUAGUCUUCGGUGCAUUCGGAGUAAAGGCCUUCGUGGAGGAAAAUCACUUGGUGGAUGUGCUUCUAUUGCUGCUUCUCUACGGUUGGGCUGUGAUCCCCUUUAUGUACCUCCUCAGCUUCCUGUUCUCCAGCGCCGCUACUGCAUACACCCGCCUUACCAUCUUCAACAUCAUCAGUGGCACGGCCACCUUCCUCGCUGUCACCAUCAUGACCAUUCCUGAGCUGCACCUGCAGGACCUGUCAAAUCUCCUGGAUAAAAUCUUCCUACUCUUCCCGAACUACUGUCUGGGCAUGUCCGUGAGCCAGUUCUACCAAAACUACGAGACAAUAAGUUUCUGCACUACCAAUUUCCUUACUAAAGAAAUCUGCAAGAUCUACAACAUCACCUAUCAGCUGAACUACUUCUCUAUGGAAAAACCUGGAGUGGGCACUUUUGUAGUAGCCAUGUCCUUGCAGGGCGUGGUCUUUCUCAUCCUUCUCUUUGCUAUCGAACUUCGGUUUGUCAACACACUCCUCAACCUCUUCAGGAGACGUAAGAAGGCCCUGCUGGUCGGGGAGGAAGCUCUUCAGCCUGAGGACAGGGAUGUGGCCGACGAGAGGAAGCGGGUUCUCGAGUGCCAGCCUAUGGUCGAGUCCAUGGUGUGCAGCCCUCUCAUUCUUCAAGAACUUACCAAGGUUUACCCCGGAAGUCAGUCCCUGCUGGCGGUGGAUCGUUUGUCUCUGGCUGUUGGGAAGGGGGAAUGCUUUGGCCUGCUGGGAUUUAACGGAGCAGGGAAGACCACUACGUUCAAAAUGUUGACUGGAGACGAGUCAGUGACUUCGGGAGACGCCUUUAUCGAUGGCUACAGCAUCCUCCGUGAUGUGAAAAAGGUCCAGCAGAGGAUCGGCUAUUGUCCUCAGUUCGAUGCCGUGCUGGAUCACAUGACUGGCCGAGAGACUCUGAGCAUGUAUGCACGGCUCAGAGGGAUCCCGGAGAAGUACGUGUCGUCCUGUGUGGAAAACGUGCUGCGCUCAUUGCUGCUGGAACCACAUGCUGACAAACUGGUUCGGAAUUACAGUGGGGGCAACAAAAGAAAGCUGAGCGCAGGCAUGGCUCUGAUUGGUGGACCGCCUGUCAUCUUUCUGGACGAGCCAUCCACUGGCAUGGAUCCCGUAGCCAGGCGCUUGCUAUGGGACGCGGUCACUCGUACUAGAGAAUGUGGAAAAGCUGUUAUUAUUACCUCCCACAGUAUGGAGGAAUGUGAGGCUUUGUGCACUAGGCUGGCUGUGAUGGUCAAUGGGCAGUUCAAAUGUCUGGGCAGCCCUCAGCACCUAAAGAGCAAAUUCGGCAGUGGUUACACCCUGUUGGCCAAGAUCCGUUUAGAAACGGAUGUAGAGGAGAUGGACCUUCAGCUUUUUAAAGACUUCAUCGAGAGCACCUUUCCUGGUAGUUUACUGAAAGAUGAACAUCAAGGGAUGGUACAUUACCACCUGACUGACAGAAAACAAACCUGGGCUCAGGUUUUCGGGACACUCGAGGCUGCUAAAGAGAAGUAUUGCAUUGAGGACUACUGUGUGAGUCAAAUCUCCCUGGAGCAGGUCUUUCUAAGCUUUGCUCAGUUCCAGCACUUUUCAGAAGGUCGACUAAAAUGAAGACAGGAAAGUUUACGUGAACUCAAUGAGGUACAACCUGGGCUGAGAGAUUCUUUUCCAUAGGAACGUUCGUCCUUCUCUUCCACAUACACAAACCAGAGUUUCUAACCACUCUACUGCACCAUUAGGUUGCUAAUUUCAGCCCAUGGAGAGUGAUCUGAGGGUCUGGGUGAGGCAUGUGUAGUGUUUGUUUAAUACUUGUGAAUGCAUUUGUUAUCGUGAGGUGAGGUUUUUUUUUUCUCCCACACCAAGUUGAACGUUAAGGAUGUGAUGCCAGGGACCUUUUGUGUGGUUGUGGUUGGAAACUUAUUUCGUUCUGUGUCAUGGUUGUCUGUAACAGUAUGGCUCACCAGUAAUUGUUUAUGAAGUUGAAGUUUAAAGUUCCACAUUUCCUGCUGUGCUCUUAAAUUUAAAGGUACGUGUAUUAACGCUGUGGUGAAAAAUGUUCAGUAAAUGAAUGGGAACGAAAUCUGAAACUAUUCCUGUAGAACAGUAAUUAUAUAUAUAUAAAUGAAAUAUAUCAUGUUAGCUGAAACGUUAGGGCAAUAUUUUCACAUUAUUCUUUGUGUGUAAACGCAAAACCAUGGCACUACUAAUGCUUUAUAUAUAAAGAAUUAAUUCCUAAAGCUUUUCCAAAAAGAGGUUUCUAAAUGUUCACACGAAUGUUCACACUAGCUUAUACUACAUGUACAUUAUUUGUUUAGUUUUUUCAUUCAAUUCAAUGCUGUGUGAUGAUGUUACCAAGGCUGCAUUAACACUGGAGAUCAAAAUGGCCCAAAUCUGACCAUUUCCUUUUGUGUGAACCAUUUGGUUUAAAAAGCCACAUUGGAAUUUAUUUGACCUUUUUUUUUUAUUAGUCUGCAUAUUUAUAUGACCUGCUGAUAACAACAAUAGCUUUUUAUUAUAAGAAAAAUCAAUAUGAGUUUCUCUCUUUCUUACUUUUUCUUCCGUGAAUUUCUAAAAUGCAAACUAUAGAGUUGGAAGGAAAAAACACCAUAUUGUAAUUCUGCCUUGUUUCAGUAGGAUAGGGGAAAUAUAACUAGCUGUGUCAUCAGGCAUUGAGACCAUAAUGCUACUGCAUUGCACUUUAGGCAGGAAUCUGAGUUGUCCGAAGAAUAACAGCUAACCGUCCUAUUUAUUAAUGAUUGUAAGGUAUAUGCAAUACGUUUGUACAUUGAAUCCGAUUAUUUACUAUGCUAUUUGCUGCUGUCUGUCUUUUUAUACAUUUGCUACAAUUGUGAUUUUUUUUUAUAUUUAGCUACGCUACAUUCUUGGAAACCAUCAGAAGACACGUUGAUUUGCAAGCUGGUUUGUCAUUGGCUUGUUUGUUGACAGUGAUUUAUUUUAUUAUAUACAUGGCUGGACAACUUGUAUCCCAAAACCACAUCUUACAUAUACACAUGGGUGACAAAUGAAGGGGAAAAAACAGCACAGCAUGAAGUGUCCCAAUAAGGUGUCGAGCCAAUACAACACCAUCAGUGCAGCCUGGAUGUAUGGAACACUAUCCUAUGGGUGUUUCAGCCACACCCAUUUCUAACAAGUGUAUAAAAUCUAUCCUCUUAACUUUGCAGCUACAGUUUGGAAAAGGCACUAUGUGUUCCUACAUUGCUGUACUCCUGAGCAUCUAUUGUAAAGUUGUUCUCUUCGGUGGUCUGCACAGAGCCCUGAUUUUAACCCCAUUAACUGAUUGCAAGCUCUGCCUUUUUAUCCAACCUCAGUGCUAUUUUGACAGGAUGGGGGCAGAUUUCACCAGAUGCAAUCUAAACUCUUGUGAAACACAGUCCCAAAACACAUGGCUGAGAUGUUGGAGGCUUAGUGGCAAGGUACUGGACUAUUAAUGAGGAGUUUGAGGGUACAAGCCCUACUGUUGCCAAGCUUGAUCAAGACCUUUAACUCUCAGUUCUUGCAUUGUGUCCUUGCAAAAUUAUCUUCAAGGACCUGAAGCUCUAGAUUCGAUCCUUAGUCCUCAGGUUUUUGAGAAUUCUGGAAUGUUCUACACAUGUCCAUGUGGGUUGUUGUUGAGUACACCAUUUUCAUGCUACCUCUUAAACAUGCCAGUAAGAACUGUCUAGUCUAAAUUGUUUUAGGUGUGAGUAGUAGUGAGAGUUGGAUAGUGUUUCAGGGAUAGACUCAGAAGGUGCGAUUCGAUUUGGGAUGUAGCCUUAGUCUUUUGACCAUUCCAAUGGAAUUAUAGCGAAGUGACUUCAAAGCUGCCUUGCAAAAAGCUAAUGACUAUUAGAAAAUUGGGUUUCCAACCAACAAUGAACCAGAUUUAAAUAUUUAGAAUUUAGUUAAUUAGUAAUUACAGCUUCAUUAAAUGUAGAGAGGCUACCAAAUGAUUACUGAUAAGUUCAUGGAAUCCUGGGUUCUCCUCUUAUCAGAUAAACAAUGUGCAUGUGUUUAAUGUGUUCUAUGUAAAUGUAACAGUUUAUAUAAGAUGAAAAUUGAGUUUUUAUUAAGGUAAACUGUUGAUAAAGAUAUUUAUCUGAAUAAAACUAAUGAUAACAGUGACUGACAGCUUACUCCUUCACCACAGUAAACCACACUACUAGGAUAAAUCUGUUAAAGGACUUAUUAUUUGUAAAUUGGGAUGUUUACGUGUUCAGAUUACUCAAGAGGAUGUGAAUGCUGUAAUAAAUUCUUGCCAAAAUCAGAUAUCUAGCCGUUACCACAAUAUUAAGUACAGGCAUACAUGUAAGUGCACUGUGUGGGCCUGGUUUCAUUGUGAUGUUUUGACUACCCUUUUUGGGUGAGCAACCCAGAUUCUGAAAUACUGAGUCAUUCUGAGGCAACUGGUAAAAUAACAAUUCAUUCCAUAUUUACUCAACGGAAGGUUGUUUGGGUUGAUUGGCCUCAACGUCUUCAUUUGCUCUACAGUGGAAUCACCCAAAUAAAGGAAGCCCAGAUGGUGGGAUUAUAUGCAGGUGUUUUUUUUAUUAUUUAAUGAUUUUUUAAUUGUUAUUUUGUGCACAGUACACUAGUUUUGGCAUAAAACUGUUGCAUUUUGAGCUCAGACCAACUUGAAAACCUUUUUUUAACGAUUCUGAACUGUGUUGAAUAUAGUGGUAGUAAUAUGACAUGGAUAAAAGGGAAUUUAAUCCUAUGUACUGUAUCACUAAAUGAAUCCAUACUAAAGUGUGUGUAGAAGUUCUGUUACUUCUUUUUUUAAAUAAAACUCUUUGUGAAAAGCUUAA